AGAAACUCGAUGACAGUAGGCCCACAUGCUGUUGAACUCACUCACCCGAGCUCAAACAUGCUUCAGGUACCACUAGGAGGCGCCAACUAGCAGGAGGUGCUCGAGCUUCUCGACUGCGGUAACAUUGUUGUGGAAUGACGUCACAGCUGGAAAAUGAAGGCGCAGAGGCAGCCAUGACUACAAGCUCUGUAAUUAUUUAAUCCAAAUAAAUACUCGCGGAAAACUUCCAUGGCAAGAGCCACAAGUCAGAUUUAUGAUGUUGCACCCCUCCACUCCUCUGUUGUUCACUGCCCCUGUCCAUCCAUGGUAAGAGGUCAGCAGGACACGUCACGUCUCCAAGGCAACAGCAUGGAGGGUCCCGUUGCACCCCCCCAGCCCACCCAGCCUCGCAAGAAAAGACCCGAGGACUUUAGAUUUGGCAAAAUCUUGGGAGAGGGCUCCUUUUCUACUGUUGUCCUUGCAAAGGAACAUACAACAGGAAAGGAAUAUGCCAUUAAAAUUCUGGAAAAGCGCCACAUAAUGAAAGAGAACAAGGCGCAGUACGUGAAGAGGGAGCGAGAUGUGAUGUCAAGCUUGGAUCACCCCUUCUUCGUCAAACUCUAUUUCACUUUUCAGGACGAAGAGAAGCUCUACUUUGGCCUGAGUUAUGCUAAAAAUGGGGAGUUACUGAAAUACAUCCGUAAGAUUGGCUCAUUUGAUGAGACUUGCACAAGAUUCUACUCAGCUGAGAUUGUGUCUGCGCUGGAGUACCUGCAUGACAAAGGAAUAAUACACAGAGACCUCAAGCCGGAGAAUAUUCUGCUGAGUGAGGAGAUGCACAUCCAGAUCACGGACUUUGGCACAGCCAAGCAGCUCUCCUCAGACUGCAAGCAGGCCCGGGCAAACUCUUUUGUGGGGACGGCUCAGUAUGUCUCCCCAGAACUUCUGAUUGAGAAGUCAGCCUGUAAAAGUUCUGAUCUUUGGGCGUUGGGCUGCAUCAUCUACCAACUGGUUGCUGGGUUACCACCGUUCAGAGCCGGAAACGAGUAUCUAAUAUUCCAGAAAAUUAUAAAAUUGGAAUACGAGUUCCCAGAGAAAUUCUUUCCCAAAGCUAAAGAUUUGGUAGAACAGCUUCUGGGUUUGGAUCCUGCGAAGAGGAUUGGCUGUGAGGAGAUGGGCGGCUAUGGGCCCCUGAGGUCUCACCCCUUCUUCGAGUCGGUCUCUUGGGGAGACCUGCACCUCCAGACCCCGCCCAAACUCAACGCGUACCUGCCCGCCAUGUCUGAAGAUGACGAGGACUGCUAUGGCAACUACGAUGACCUGCUUAGCCAGUUCAGCAAUAUGCAGGUGGCUCCGGCAGGGGAGGGGACUUCCCCGGUGCCCAUCCCCGUUCCUGCUGCUGCUCCUGGGGGCCAGGAACACGUGCCCAGCCCCAGCCCCAGCCCCAACCCCCACCACCACCACCACCCCCACCCGCAGGCACCCACGCACCAGCCGCCGCUCUCCGUGGACCAGUUCAUCCACGACCUGGACAGCAACAGCAUGGAGCUGGACCUGCAGUUCUCCGACGAGGAGAAGCGCCUGCUGCUCGACAAACAGUGUGCUGCCAACCCAUGGCAUCAGUUUGUGGAGAACAAUCUUAUUUUAAAGAUGGGGCCUGUAGAUAAACGCAAGGGUCUGUUUGCGCGGCGACGGCAGCUCCUCCUGACUGAAGGUCCUCACCUGUACUACGUGGACCCGGUCAACAAGGUCCUGAAAGGGGAGAUCCCCUGGUCUCCAGAGCUACGGCCAGAAGCCAAGAACUUCAAAACCUUCUUUGUUCAUACGCCUAACCGGACAUACUAUCUGAUGGACCCCAGUGGAAAUGCUGACAGAUGGUGUAAGAAAAUCCAAGAAGUCUGGAGGAAGAUCUACCAUAAGCACCAGAACCCUGGCCUAUAGGAGCUCCGAUCCAGAACCCUGGCCUAUAAGAGCUCAGAUCUACCAGAACCCUGGCCUAUAGGAGCUCAGAUCCUACUCGGCCACACCUCCUCCUCCCCCAGCCCCACCCCCCGCAUCCCUCUCGGCCAAUUACAGAACAGAGACAGUUCCCCCCCACCCAAAAAAACCUGCACCUUCAAAUGGUGGCAGUUUCUAGAGUUUAGACUCCAUCUCCAUCUCCUCUCCAUUGUUGCUCUCUUCCUUCUGUCCUUAACCUCCCCCCUAGUCUGCCCCCCCCCCUCUCUUUCUCGCAGUUCAUCACAAUACUCUGGAAUAGUUAGGGUUUUUUUUUCCUCCCCCUUCUCCUUUCUUGGUUUUUGAUCCCUUCUUGCUGUCAGGUAUGCAGAGUACUUUUUUGGCAUACAGGACAGAAGCAAAGGUAGUGUGGCGUUUGAAAGUUAGGGUAGUAUGGCAUUGAGUCGGUAGUCUUAAUGGUUUUUUUUUUUUUUUGCCAUUUCCCUUGGAAUUUCGCACUUACUGACCGACCGACCCAGCCAUAGGAAUGAGAUGACCCUGAAGCAGAAAGUUAAAGUAUAAACUAUAUCUGUCAUCUGUACGUCAUCGCAUUCCUUGGAUUUGCCUCCCUGCCCUAGCUUUGUCAUUGCCCCGUAUUGUUUAUGUAUAACUCCAUUAACUCUUCAUUAACUCAUCCUUCAAACAACCGCAGAAGCCACAGCUCUGAUCUUAUUGGUCACCAUUAGAAUUUUAAGGCGGGUCCUUUCCCACGAUUGGCCACCGUAAGAUGGUCUUACUGAUACGAUUGGAUGAGUGUUCAGAAUGUUUUCCUGGUCUCGAAUUUUUCUCUUUUUGUUUUUUUUUCUUUCUUUCUUGUUUUUUUUUUUGUCGCCCCCCUUCGAGAAGCCGCCUCCUCACCCCAGGAGGAAAACACCCACGCCUCCCAAUCAUCCAAUCACCACCUUCCUCCCCUCACAACAAUCACUGCAGAACUCUGGGAAAUGUAGUUCUAAAAAACAAAAAGGGGUGUGUCCACACAGGGGUCACACAUCAGCCCUGAGCCAAUGGCACGACUGAUUUCAUUGUUUUUGGGUUUAUUUUCUCCCUUUUUUUGGUUUUGUUUGUUUAUUAGUUUGUUUUUGUUGUUGUUUUUCCCUCUAGUGUAAGGCUCUUUGGUGGGGAGGGGAUGACUGUGAGUGUGAGCGUGCAAGUGUGCGUUUAGUGUGCCUGCGAAUAGUGAGUGCACUGUGUAUGAGGUGGGUGGUAUGCGCUUGAGUGAAUGUGUGUGUGCGUGUGUGUGCGCGCGUGCAAGUGUGUCCUGUCUCCCUGGGGGCGUUUUAAAGGAAAGGCUGCAGAUGUCUAUACUACCAAGUUGGUUCAGGAGUAAACCAGGUUAACUUGAGAGGUAAAUCACCUAAUAGAAGAGC